UCUGUUCUCUGAAAUAGAAACAGAGAAAACUUUAUAAAGACUACUCAACAGAAGAACAACCCCAAUUGAAAAAUCUGAAUAGCAAAAAUUGAUUACAAUGGAGUGGGAUAGAGGAGAAGUUAUUGGUAAAGGAAGUUUUAGUUCGGUGUAUUUAGCAACUCCAAGAAAAAACUACUGUGAUUUUCCACCAUUAAUGGCUGUCAAGUCUUCAUUAGCUUCUCAAUCAUCUUUGCUCCAGAAAGAGAAAGAAAUUCUUACCGAAUUCGAGGAUUGUCCUCAAAUUCUUAAUUGUUAUGGAGAUGGGUUUACUGUUGAGAACAAUGGUGAGAGAUUAUACAAUCUGUUUCUAGAAUUUGCUUCGGGAGGUAAUUUAGCUCAACUACUCAAAAAUUCAGGUGGUUCAAUAUUAGAAUCUCAUGUUCGAUUUUACUCGAAAUCAAUUCUGCAAGGGCUUUUGAGCAUCCAUCAGAAAGGGUUUGUUCAUUGUGAUAUCAAAUUACAAAACAUCUUACUCUGCUGUUCUGCUAAUGGGUUUUCCGAAUUAAAAAUUGCUGAUUUCGGGUUAGCGAAAAAAUCAUGCAUGAAUUCAGAAGAGGAAGAAGAAAUCCCUGGUUUGAGAGGAACCCCACUUUAUAUGUCACCAGAAUCAGUUUCAAGGAACGAAAUUGAAUCAGCAUCAGAUAUAUGGGCACUUGGAUGUAUAAUUUCAGAGAUGAUUACUGGAAAACCAGCUUGGGGGUUUAAUGAAAAUUCAGACAUUAGUGCUUUAUUAUACAGAAUUGGUUUCAAAGAUGAAUUGCCAGAGAUACCACAUGGAAUUUCUGAAGAUGGAAAGGAUUUCUUAAGAAGAUGCUUUGUCAGAGACCCAUUAAAGAGAUGGACGGCGGAGAUGCUUUUAAAUCAUCCAUUUAUUGCCGGUGCAGACACUGUUUCAUUACCUAUUCCAACUCAAAAAGAUUCACCAACGAGCGCAUUUGGUUUCCCAGAAUGGAAUUGCGGAAAUUCAUCAAUUUUCAACUCAAUUGAAUCAUCUUCGGAUUAUCCGUUCGAUCAUCAAUCGAUCUGGUCACUCUCGCCGUCAGAACGUAUUGCGCAAAUUGCCACCGGGAAUGGGUCAAAUUGGUGUUAUUCAGAUUCUUGGAUCAAUGUUAGAAGAACAGAGUAGUCUUCUUUAAUUAACGGCGAGCCCCAUUUUUUGUUAAUUUUUAAUUUAAACUGUAAAUAUCAGAAACAUGUAAUUAACUAGGACGAUUUCAAUCUAAUUCUGUUUGAGUAUAACAAACUCCAAAUUAGAAAGUAAGAUUCUUGGAAAAAUUGUCGGUACAGUUUAGCUGGUGAGUAGGAGCUUGAUAACGAAGAUAGAUAGAUCUUGUGUGGGUCCAACAGUUAGAAUCAUGAUCAAAAGGAAUGAAUGAGUAGGGUGUACGAUAACACACCAAAUUCUUCUUCGUUGGGUGUCAGGAAUAUAUGGGGAAGACAAGGAUAUUACAAAAUUUUGUACCAAUUUGAGAAUCUCAACUGUGGAAAGGAGAUUGAUGAUUUGAUGUAUCAUGAAGAUCUUAGUUGUUUGAUUAUUGGAAUACUUUGAGAAAAAAAAUCUAAGGUUUUGAUAUUUUUAUUUGUUUUUGUAAAGAGUCUUUUUUUUAUGGUUGAUACUUUAUGAUUUGGACAGUUUCUAGGGCAGUGUUAAUUGCAACGUUUAAGCUGCAGUCAUUUGGUCAGUCACUGUCAGUACUGUUGUUGUUUCUGUAUAAUAAGUGUGAGGAGGAUAUUU